ACCAAGAUGGCCGACAAGUGUCUGAGAUUUUGAUGUUCAGACGCUAAUCUUCGAUUCUCCGCGUCACACUUGAGUUUUUCCGGAGUUCCUGAGGAAAGCAGCAUGUCUAAUGCACUUGUGAACCGUUAUCUGCCGGUGGCACGGCAGCAUUUCGUCACCACGCUGACGAACACCAGUGUUGUCGUGAAGGCCGUGUGCGCUGUCGUCUGUCUCAGUUACCUGGUUUCCCUGGGAGUCGAACUUGUCGAACCGUUAAGCAUAAACCCUGGGUUUCUCAUCCCCUCCACCUUCAGGGUCUGGACUCUACUGACUCAUGGCUUACUGGAGACGCAGAUACUGCACGUCGCCAUCAGUAUAACGGCCGUGGUUGUGGCGGGAAAACUACUGGAACCCAUAUGGGGUGCUCUAGAACUCCUCAUCUUCCUGACUCUCGUUACCAUAGUAACUGGCAUAUUCUCUGCGUUCUUCUACCUUUUCGUGUACAUGGCCACGUCAGAUGACUCCUACAUCUUUGAGGUACACAUAUACGGUUUGACUGGGUUCGCGGCCGGCGUCUGCGUAGCUUUGAAGCAGACGAGACCGGACCAGGUGCUAGUACCAUCUGUGGACCUGCGUGUGAAACACAUACCACUCCUGCUACUGGUCGGGUCCAUCCUGCUGAAAGUGGCCACCCUCACGACCGGGACCUACCCCGUUAUGACCGGCAUGGGGAUCCUGUCCAGCUGGAUCUACCUGCGCUUCUACCAGCAGCACGGGAACCAGGGGAAGGGAGACAUGGGCGACGUUUUCACCUUCGCCACCUUCUUCCCCGAACCCGUGCAGGCUCCGAUCGCCAUACUAGCGAACACGGUGUACAGCGGACUGGUGAAGAUCAAGGUGUGUAAGAAAACGGUGAAGAGGUACGACGUGGGAGCGCCAUCCUCCAUCACCAUCAGUCUACCCGGCACCGACCCUGCUGAUGCUGAGAGAAGAAGGAAAAAAGCCCUGCAAGCCCUGAAUGAACGCCUGAGCAAGGUGCAACAGCCAGAAGAAGAGGAAGGGGAUUGGCCUGCCAUGGAAGAAGUUGCUCCCGACAGCGUAGUUGUAGAUGUAGAGGCAGACAAGAAAAAGGUCCCCACGCCUCACAGAAGUCCGGGCUCUUCCCCACAAGUUACCCCCGCACGAGCUGCUAGUCCGGAGCCUGCAAACAGCCCCGCCAAUAUGCCCAACGGUCCCACCAAUUUUAAAAAUGGUGGAAACAAAUCACCACCAGGGGAAGGCCCAAGUUAAGGCAAAUGGACAUCUGUAUGCCCGAGUAAUGCUAUAUUUGUGAAUGUAUGUGAAAUAAAAACUGAACAACAGUUGUAUUAUGUAUAUUUGGGAAGAAGCAAUAGAAAUGGAUAACCAUUUCACAGAGUAUAAUCUGUUGUUGUAAGACAGUCCUGGUAAAUGAAAGACUUGUUAGAGGAAACUAAGGCUGCCGGUAUCAAAGGGUUGCAACUCUUUUUGUUAUGCCAAAGUGAGGUGGUGGCCAUAAGUUAAUAUAUGUGAAAAAGUCAUGCAGAUAUAUAUCCUUUCUUUUUUUAUGACAUUCUGUGUACUUUGUAGUAGUGUUCAUCAUUCCUUUAUUUGAAGGGUUGCUUGUCUUGUAUUCCUCUUGUGAAUUGUACCAACUUGUUUUCUGAAAAAAAGGUUUCAGUUCAUUACAUACACUGGUAACUACAG